AUGAUUUUCUCAAGCUGGAUUAAGGCUGACAUAUUUUGCUUAUCUCACACCCAACACAAGGUCACCCAAUACAAGGCCGGAAAGGCUUCGUUGUUCGCUCAGGGAAAGCGUCGUUAUGACCGAAAGCAAUCUGGUUAUGGUGGUCAGACAAAACCCGUUUUCCACAAGAAGGCAAAGACCACAAAGAAGGUUGUGUUGAGAUUGGAGUGCACAUCUUGCAAGACAAAGGCACAGUUGGCAUUGAAGCGUUGCAAGCACUUCGAGCUUGGUGGUGACAAGAAGACCAAGGGUGCUGCAUUGGUAUUCUAGAUUUGUGCAUGCUACGACAAUUCUGUUUUCAUCGGGGACAAAUGGAUGGGUCAAAGGAUUUUGCGAGGAACAUACACAAAAC